AUGGCAACUCUAGAAGAUCUAUUCGGUUCUCCCGGUGUUACAAGAGAACAUUCACCGAAGAUCAAUACUUCCCAUAAACAUAAACGGGCAGGACCAGAAGAAGACUUAUUUGACGAUGACGAUUUCUUAAUGGACCUUCCACCCCCUCUUCCGCCCGUUGGACAGGUUUUUGACCCUUUGGCUUUUGACGGAGCGUAUGUUGGAGGAGUAGGUACUACAGAAAAGAGAGGUGGGGAUGAUGAUUUAGAUGGAGGAGGUAAAAAAAGGAGGAUAAUACCGAAGAUUGAUGCUGAAAGGUUAUUAGGGGAUAAAGGUAUACCUGGUUUAAUGAGAGUUGCAAAAAAGUUUAAACCUAGAGGUAAAGGACAAGAAAUGGCCGACUUACGUGACUUAUUAGGGAUAUAUCAAAUGUGGGCACAUGGGAUGUUCCCUAAAGGAGAUUUCGCAGGGACUAUAUCCCGUGUUGAAAAAGUCUGUCAUUCUCGAAGGAUGGAAUCCGCUAUGAAAGGUUUCCGAGAAUCUUUCUACCCUCCAAAACAUCGCACACCCAGUCCGCCAUUAGGUUCUUCACAACAAGAACGUCCCUCUUCACAUUCUUCUCCUAUUUUACGUUCCAACCGUCAACAAUCCCAAAUAGAUGAAGAUCAGGCACAAAGUGACCGUGCGGGAUCUGGGAAUGAUGAAGUUCCUCAAGAAGGACGUAAAGAACCUUUGUUUGACGGACCGGAUAUGGACGAAUUGGUAGCUAUGGAAGAGAUGGAAAGGGAGUCUCAAGAUAAACGGUCUGGAUCCAAGGUCGUAGAGAAUGAACCGCCGGUUUUGGAUGAGGAAGAUGAAUGGGAGGGAACAUCUUUAGAUGCAGUCUGCGUGACGCCAGACACUGCCUCACUUGCUACGAGAAUUACUUUAUGUAUAUCACCGUCGCCAGGAUUGCCGAUCAAAGCCGAAAGAAAUCUCAUGGUGAAAGAGGUACGAUCAACUCAAAAGAUGAAGGAAACUUUGUUACCCAUUUCACCGCCUAUAGGACUUCAUCUCGAUUACUGUUCAGAAGAAGAACGUAUCAUCCUUCUCAAAUCCGUCAUCUUAGCUUGGUCCAGUCCCGCAUUUACAAUCACAGACGAAUUAGAAAGACCUAUCUUCAAAUGCGAAGCUGAUCGAUUAUCUCUCCGAACUAAGAAACAUCUUGUCAGUUUGGAAGGAGAGAAAUUGUUGGUUUUAGAACGCAAAUUGGGCAAUUUUUUUUGUACUUGUGAAGGUAAGAAUGAGAAGGGAGAGGUGGUUCUACGAGUUGAGCAGAAAUGGUCUGUGCACAACAAGUUAGAAGCGACGUUCACCAGUCCUAAUACAGGUGAACCCGUCAAGCUCCAUCUUAAGGGGAACAUAUGGGGUAACGAAGCUGUGAUAGCUUGGGGAGAUAAACCUGUCGCUCAAAUGCAUACGGAUUGGAAGUUGGGUAAGAUAGCCAAGGAUAAACAACCAUUUACCGUCAGGAUAGCCCCGGGAGUGGACCCCAUAAUCAUCUCGGCCAUCUGUUUAUGUUUCCACGAAGCGACCCUGUCAAGCGGUCGGAUCACCUCGGAUCUGAAUGGUGAGACACUCUUACGUGUGGUCGGAUCAAGAUACGAUGAACUGGGUCCAGACACUAGGGGAUCGGUCAACGUCUCUAAACGGGGCAUGUCCGUGCUUCACGCCAUCACAGGGUCCGGCGAUUGGCAAAAGCAGAUGAGGACGCUUGCUGUUUCGGUAGCUUGGGCGUCUUGUAUGGAUCAUGGGUCAUUCAUGGACCAUGGGUACAGCAAAGAAGGUGGCAGCAUGGCAGCAUGGCACGUUGGGAAAGUGAUGCAACAUGCUCCGGUCCGUUUGAUCGUCGUUCAGCGUCGGGAUCAGUAA